AUGGAGUUCUUUAGAAUAACAAGGCUUAGCGACGGAGUCUUUGAGGGCGCCAAUCUCUGGUCUCCCUUUCCAGGAUACCCUGCAUUUGGAGGCCAAUUAGCAGCCCAGUCCCUUGCUGCUGCAUUCGCAACAGUUGGAGAGAACUCUAUCCCAAUCACAAUGAGUAUUUUGUUUAUUAAUCGUUGUAAAUCAAGUCAAAAAGUCAAGUAUGCUGUUAAGAGUCUAAAAGAUGGAAGUAUUGUAGAUAUGAGACAAGUAGACUGCUAUCAAAAUGAUGUCUUGGUAUCCAGUGCUCAUAUUAGCUUCAGUAGACCGGAUAAUAAUGCCCAUGAUUAUGAAAGCAAUCCGUAUAAGAUAUAUGAUGAUACCUUCAUUCCAUUUUCUGAAUAUAUAUCUAGAUCUAUGGCCACCAGCUCUGUGCCCCAAGCAGAAGUUAAUGCAAAGUUCCAAAUUUUAUAUGAUAACAUGCUAAUGAUGCUCAAUGUGUUGGAUGUCGAUGUGGGUGUGGAGAAUAAAGACAUGAGGCAGAUUCGUAUCAAAAUAAAAGAAGAACAAGAAAGUAUAAAAGGAAAGGCAUCCCUUCUCACAUUGAUUUCUGACAUAUUGCUGGUAGAAACGGCUCUUAUGACAUCUAACCUGACACUAUUUUCAAGUGAUCUAUCGUUGCUGACUUCCUUAAAUCACGUAGUGAACUUUGUAAAUCUAGAGAAAGAUAUUAGUGAUGGGUAUUUGUACUACAUUGUAAAAUGUAAAGGAAUAAGAAAUUCAAAAGCUAUUUGCGAGGGGCAACUAAUCCAUGAGGAUGGGGCCCUAAUAUGCUUGACAGGCCAACAAGGCGUAUUCAGAGUUAAGUCCUCUUACUCCAGGCAAUAA